AUCCGCAUCGCACCUUAUGAAGGAGAAACACAAAUGCAAGCAAUCAUGGGAUUGAUCGAUGGAGAAUUGAGCGAACCCUAUACAGUUUACACAUAUCGAUACUUUCUCAAUCAAUGGCCGGAAUUAUGCUUCUUGGCGCACUACUCACCUGAUCCUUACCCGGAAGAAGGGAAGAUACCCAACCCUGCUCAAGAGACCAACGAGACACCGAUCGGCGUUGUCAUUGGAAAGCUUGACAAACAUCUCAAAGGGAACAGAUUUAUGCGAGGCUAUAUAGGCAUGGUCAGUAUCCGAUCCGAUUUUCGCGGAAAAGGAAUUGCAACAACACUUUUACAAACAUUGUUACGUAAAAUGGUACAACAAGGUGCACAAGAGAUUGUUUUAGAGACAGAAAUUGACAAUAAAGCAAGUUUACAACUUUAUGAAAAGUUAGGAUUUUUACGUGAAAAAAGACUUUUUAACUUUUAUUUGAACGGGAAAGAUUGUUUUAGACUUAUUGCUGAGAUUCCAAAAUCUCUUUGGAACAUUCCACCGCUACCACUCACACCACCGCCUUCG